AUGGAGAUGUUUAAUAGCCUUCAAUUCACAAUUCCGUUUAUGGAAGCUUUGGAGCAAAUGCCUAUGUAUGCCAAGUUCAUGAAGGAGUUGUUGACUAAGAAAAAGAAGCCUAAAGAGGAUGAAACCGUGUUGUUGACGGAAGAGUGUAGUUCAAUUCUUCAAACAAAACUCUCACAAAAGAAGAAAGAUCCCGGUAGUUUCACUAUACCUUGUUCUAUUGAGAAUUUACAUGUUGGGAGAGCACUUUGUGACUUAGGAGCAAGCAUCAACUUGAUGCGCCACUCUAUGAUGAAAAAGAUACCUGUUGCCGUAGCUAAACCCACGAAGAUGCAGUUAUCUUUUACGGAUCGGUCCAUCACAUACCCCUAUGGAAUCUUACAAGAUGUUUUGGUAAGUGUGGCCGAAUUUGUCUUUCCGGUGGAUUUUGUAAUUCUCGAUAUGGAAGAAAAUGCCGAAGUGCCUCUGUUAUUGGGAAGACCCUUUCUUGCAACCGGGAGAGCUGUAAUUGAUGUGGAGAUGGGUGAUUUAAUGUUGAGGCUCAAUGAUGAGCAAGUUAACUUCAAUAUCUUUGAAGGUAUAAGAAAUCAAACAUCCUACGGUAGUGGGAGGUAA